GAUGAUUGACCUGCCUUUAUAUAUAUUUAUUUAUUAUGGUCGUUUCAUUUUCCUUCCAUUACCAAAAAUUUUACUCCUUAAAUCUUCAGCUUAAAAAUAUAAGUAAAAAAAAAGUUAAUAGCAAUGAAUAAAAAGAAUAAAAAUAUUAAAAAUAUUAAAGAUCUUAUUGAAGAUAUUCAAAACCUCGAUAUUAAACCUAUUAAAGAUACUAGAGUUCUUGUUGCAAUAGACUUUGGAACUACGUAUUCAGGUUUUGCGUAUGUUCAUAAAGAUAAUCCUGAUAAUGUUGUGGUGAACGAUUCUUGGCCAGGGAAGGAAGGAGUUUCAAAAGCACCUACAGCACUCCAAUAUGACAAAAAGUAUAAUAAAGUUAUUAAUUGGGGGUAUACGGCAUUAGUAGAAGAUCUUGAUGAAGUAUCGGAUGAUUCAGAAGAACAAUGUCCACGUCCUGUAGAAUUAUUCAAGUUACAUAUAUCAGACUUACCAGAGAAUGAAAAACCUUGGUUGCCAUCUAAAUUGAAUUAUAAAAAAGCCAUCGAAGAUUAUUUAACUCAAAUGAGCAAUUUAAUUAAAAAAACUCUAAAAAAACGAUGGCCUACUUUAAUAUUUCCUCAACAAGUCGAUUUUGUACUAACAAUUCCUGCUGAAUGGCCUCCACAUACAACUGGAAUUAUGAGAGAAUGUGCAUGCAAAGCAGGAUUAAUAACUUCUUUUGAUUCAGAUCAUCUCGAUUUUACCACCGAACCUGAAGCUGCAGCACUCCAUUGUCUUACCGUCGUAAAUCAGCAUAACUUGCGACCGCGUGAUUCUUUCUUAGUAGCUGAUUGUGGUGGUGGAACAGUCGAUUUAACAUCACGAAAACUUCUUCCAGGAGGUUUAUUAAGUGAAAUUACUGAACGUGCUGGUUAUCUAUGUGGUAGCACAUUUGUAGAUAAAGAAUUUUUAUCCUGGCUUGGAAGAAGAGUUGGAUUUCAAGCUUUAGAAAAAUUUAAAUCGAAUUGUUAUGGACAAAUGCAGUAUCUAGUACAGAGAUUUUUUUGUACGCGUAUUAAAUUUAAAUUUAGUGGAGAACCAACAGAAUAUAGAACUAUAAAAUUAAACUUACAACAAUACGAUUUACCAAAAUAUGUCACAGGUGAACAUAGAAAAAAAAUGGAGGAGACUGGAUGGGUAUUAAAAAUCGAUUUCAAUUCCGUUAAGGAAAUUUUUGAUCCUGUAAUUGAUCAAAUUAUAAAAUUAAUCAAUGAUCAAUUAAAUUUUUCGAAUGAAAAAUGUACGGCAAUAUUUUUAGUGGGUGGAUUUAGUGAAUCUCCUUACUUGCUUCGUAGAGUCAAAGAAACAUUCAAAUAUAGAGUUCCCAUUACCGCUGCGCCAGCUAUACCUAUAGCAGCAAUAGUUCGUGGUGCCAUUAUGUAUGGUCUUAAUCCUAAUAUUAUACGUGAUCGAAUUUUGAAAUGGACAUAUGGAAUUGGAGUUUGUCGCAAAUGGGUUGAUGGAAAAGAUGACAUAAAUAGGAGAACGGCUGAUGGGUUGAUAUUUUAUUUUUAUGAAUUGGCAAAGCGCGGUAAAAAAGUUGAAGUAAACCAGAAAUUUUGGGAAGAAUUUCUUCCUAUAAGAUCAAAUCAAAAUGUUGCAUCUUUUAAUAUUUAUUAUACUCCAAAACAUAAUGCAAAAUAUUGUAAUGAACCAGAAAUGAAACAAUUAGGGACCCUGAGGAUUGUUAGAAGUAAUAACGAACGCUCAGGUAUAAACAAACGCAUUGAAUUCUCCCUUACCUUUGGUAGAAUGGAAAUUAAAGCUACUGCUAAAAAUAAAGAAACUGGCAAAAUUUAUAAUGAAACCACUUUUAUUUUAGAUAUUUAAACUUUAUAUAUAUAUAUAUAUAUCAAUUAUUUUUUUUAUUUACAUGGUAUUUAUUAGUUUGAAAAAUAAAAUUGUAAAAUAUGAAUAAUAUAAAUAAGUAGGAUUUUUUUUAGCCAUUGUACUUUGAGCCACAAUGAGUACAAUGCUUGAACAGAAUUCUCGCUAGUUAAUAAGAUUAAAUAAUUCAAAUUUGUAAUAGUAAAAAUUAUAAGAUCUUCUAUUAAAAUACUUGUAAUAUAAAUACUAAAUAGAAAUCAGGAACAUUACAAAAAAAAGUUUAUUUCUCUUUUAAUAACAUAGUAUUUUAUAUGAUUAUACAAGUGUAUAAUUAGGUGAUUAGAAGAAUAAUUUGUUAUUUAUUAAACUUUACAAUUACAAUUUUUUUUUUU